AAACAAGACAAAGAUUGUACCUUUUAUGUUAAUAUAAGAAAAAGAAGAGUAUCAAUGUCUAGCAUGUCCUCACUUAGUGCCAAACAAUAUUAUUUUGGUAUUUAGCAACGUGAGAAAACAACAAUCUAUUUCUUUGACAGCAGAAAAAACAAAAAAAACAAAAUAUAGGUGUUUGGGCAUUGAUUUUGAGAGAGAAUUUUUUUUCUUUAAAAAGUGAUAAAUGGAGGACUAUCAUGAACUCUUCUUUUUAUAAACAUACGAUAGUUUGCUACUUCUCUUUCCUGCUCAAAGUACCUAUCUCCUUUGCCCCCUUUCUCCCUAAACUGCGGUUUGAGUGUAAUUCAGAGCCAUGUUAGAUUCCUUCAUCUGUCAAUCAUCGAUUCACCUUCAUAUAAUUGGUUUCAUCCUCCAUAAUUGCUGCUUCUGACUUCUGACACUCUAAAUGUCUCGUUUUUCUUCACUCUUCUUCCUCGAUAACUCCCCUGUUUACACAGCUCCGACCUCGGAAUUCAACUUUAAUGGUGUCUGGAAAGGUGGGUCAAUUGUUUGAUUGAAGAUUAUACGGUUCCCAUGCCCAAAUCACGACUUGGAUUGAAGCUUUCUGCAACUGGGUUUUAUAACGAAUUUUGCAAUGCAAGCAUCUGAUUACAAUAGAUCCGCUAUAUCCAACGCUUUUUACUGUCAAUCGAUGCAAGAAUUCGAUUCGUUUUAUAAGCCCCAAGCUCAGUGUUUAAAUGAUCUCAGCCGUGGGACCAAUUACUUGGCCAAAUCGGAACCCUACUGCACCCUCGAAUCCUCCUCCGCUAACGGCAGUUGCACCACCAUGUAUAAAUUGCGCCAGUUAGAGACUGUAAUGCUCGGAGAUUCAGAUUUCGAAGAUGAUGCCGGAAACGGGAGAUCAUUCGCCGGCGGUGUAGUAGACUUGCCGGAUUUAGAAAUUUGGAAAGAGAUGAUGGUGGGUUUUCCAAGACGAGACCUGAAACAAGUCCUCAUUGCUUGUGCUAAAUCCGUUUCCAAUAACGAUUUCUCAAAAGCCCAAUUGUUGAUAUCGGAGCUCCGGCAAAUGGUGUCAGUCGCCGGAGAACCAAUCCAGAGGCUGGGUGCAUACAUGUUGGAAGGACUAGUAGCUAGACUUUCUUCCUCGGGCAGCACAAUCUACCGGUCAGAUCCUCCAUUAAACACACACACUCUAUACGAAAUCUGCCCGUACUUCAAAUUCGGGUACAUGUCAGCAAACGGUGCAAUAGCAGAAGCGAUGAAAAACGAAAAACGCGUCCACAUCAUCGACUUCCACAUCGCACACGGGACCCAAUGGGUCCCACUGAUCCAGGCAUUUGCAAAGAGACCUGGCGGUCCCCCGCAUAUCCGGAUCACGGGAUUCCACAACUUUACAAGUGAAUUGGGUCCCGUUGGCAAAAGGCUAUGUAGGCUUGCAAAAGCCUACAAUGUGCCUUUUGAGUUUCAUACUGAAUCCGGGCCUGAAAAUUUUCAGGCCCGACCAGGUGAAUCACUAGCAGUAAAUUUCGCUUUUGUUUUACAUCAAAUGCCGGACGAGAGUGUGAGUAUCCGGAAUCAUAGAGACCGGGUGUUGAGGCUUGUAAAGAGUAUGAAGCCAAAGGUUGUAACCCUAGUCGAGCAAGAAUCUAACACAAAUACUGCCCCGUUUUAUCCUCGGUUUCUUGAAGCUCUCGAUUAUUAUAACGCGAUGUUUGAGUCGAUUGACAUCACGUUGCCACGUCAUCACAAGGAAAGGAUAAAUAUCGAGCAACAUUGUUUGGCCCGUGAUGUUGUAAACAUUAUAGCGUGUGAGGGGGGUGAACGUGUUGAAAGGCAUGAGCUUUUGGGGAAGUGGAAGUUGCGAUUCGGUAUGGCAGGGUUUAGCCCGAGCCCGAUGAGCCCCUUGGUGAACCAAACGAUCAAACGGUUGUUAAAGAAUUAUAGUGAGAGAUAUAGACUUGAAGAAAGAGAUGGAGCUUUGUAUCUUGGAUGGAUGAACCGAGAUUUAGUCGCUUCUUGUGCUUGGAAGUGAUCAAAUGUCUCCUUUUUAUAACUUUCGGUAAGUUAGAACGAAAUGUAACCGAGACAAGUUUUUUAAUGAAUCAAUGAUUAUAUAUUGAUCUAUAUUUUGAGCUAUGAUACUUCAAUUCUAUUUGUAUUGAAC